ACCAAACGAUCGUUUGAGCCGCCAUUUUGUUUGUAAUUUCAUUUAUCGAAGGUUAGUUUUUUAUUUAAUUUAUUUUUAAUAACUUUUUGAAAAAAAAUAAAUAAAACCAAUCAAUGCGUAUAAUUUCUCCUAAGGCAAGACUAACUGGUGGAAACAUGUUGAAACCUGACGAGGAUGCGCCGUUAAUUUAUCUAGAAGCGCGCCAAUUGUUGGAAGAUAUCGAAUCCAGCGACGGCGAAAUCCAGGAAUCCGAAUCCCUUUUGGAAGCUAGGGAAACCUACAAUAUGCAACUGCAGCAGCACUGUGCCAGUCUCGAGAAGUCACUGUCGGAAAAGGGGGCGCAGUUUGCCAUAUUGAAAUCAAGAACCAGUUACAUCAAUAACUUAAAUACCAGCUAUAGGGACAAAGGCAAGGAAAUAUUGGAAGUUUACAAUACCGCCGAUCAGGAAGUUAAGGAACUCGAAACCAUCGUGGCGGAGUCCGAGCAGAAAGACAAAGAACUGGAGAAAAUUUUUGCUAAGAAAACCACCCAUUACGAAAAAGAAAUAGACGAUCUGACCAAACUACUGAACCAGUUAACUGAGAAGCGCAAGAAACAGCUGGUGGCGGUUGAAUUGGAGACAAAGAAACUUGAGGAGGAAAAUUUGGACCUCAACCAUGACCUGAUGAAGCUUGAAUAUGAAGAAAAGCUAUAUGAUGAAACUCUUAAAGACUCAUCCGAGUUAGAAAUAGAGGUGGAAACUUUACAAGAUAAAUUAAAAAUCCUGAAAAGCGACCAUCUGGCACUGGAAGAAGAAGAGAAAUCACUUGGCGAGCGUCAGAAGGAGAUAAUGGCCGAAUUUAGUGAGGAAAAGUAUGGGAAAAUGAACACCAGUUUAUUGGAAACUUCCAAGGAAAUUGAGGAUUUACAGCAGGUCAUUCAGAAGGAUCAAGCGGAGUUAGUCACGUCAUCGGCAGAGCAAAAGGAUCUUGCUGAUUAUGAAGAAAAACUUGAUAAAGAACUUGCGGAGGCCCAAAUAGCUUUUCAACUACUGGACACAAGCCGCGGCGAGAUUUCAAAGUUGAAUCAGGCAAUUGACGCUAUGAAGGCUGAUAUUAAUGAAAGAAGGCAGAAAUAUGGUAGCAUUGUUAAAGAAAAGGAUGCAAACACUGACAUUCUUAAAGAAGCCGAAGAUAAAAUCGUCCAAUUGACUCCCGAGGUGGACCUGAUCGUUACUGGACUCAAUGAAGUCGAAAUCCUUCUAAAAGAUUUGGGUUUACGUGCCAACAUCGCUGAACAAUUCGAAGAAACCUCGCAUAAAGUAGAGGCAUUAGACAAGGAAAUCGGAAAGUUGCAAGAGCGUGAACGAGAAAAGGAAAACUUGAUAGAAACUUAUAAAGCUACUAUGGCAAAAUACCAAGAAAAAUUCGAUCUGGAACUCUUAACUUUAAAUAACGCCCAUUCGAUGGAAAUAAAAGAUAUAGAGGCAGAGAUAACGCAAGCGACCAAUAGCAAAAUCGAACCCAACGAAAAAGUAAAAACCGCGAACGAUGAAAUAAACCAACUAGAAGAAACGUUACAACGAAACGAGGAAAACUUGGAGACGACAAAGAAAAACAAUAAAAAACUGAACGAAACGUACCAGAAUAAACAGCAAGGGUACAAAACGAUUUCGAACAAAAACAAGGAGCUUAUAAAAUCUUUGGACCUUUUGAAGCCGCCCCAAGAGGUUCCAAAAGCUGUCGAAUCCGCCCGAAAGUUGCCGACGAAAAAACCCUCGCGCGAAAGAUCGGCCGAUUUUAUGCGGCCGAAAACGCCCGAGUCGCGUAAAUUGCAGCCAAUUCCGAAGCACGCGGACAAAUCCAACCGAGAUCCGAGAAAAAGUCUGUCCAGGACCCGUGUGGAGGAGCAGAAGAGGAACUGGGACAGCGACAGUAGCGUGGAGGAAGAUUCGAUUAAUUUUAAGGAAUUCAUUGCCAAUAAAAAGAAACGCCAAGAGAGCAAAGAAGCAGCGAAGCCAAAUAUAACUCCAUAAAUUUUGAGUGAUACCUAAAGCAACAUUCGCAGGUUAUGAAAUACGUUUUUGAGUUAAUAUUCAAGUUAAUAGUAUGUUAUUAAUGUUGUGCUUAAUUAGUCCGUAAUAAAAUUUGAGUUAAUUUCUUA